AUGAACCCGGCCAGUCUCAACCAGUCCAUCACCGCCGCAUGGGGGGUCCAGGCUGCUUCCGCCAACCAGGCAGCCGCCGCGCCGAGGAAACGCGUCCGCAAGACGGUCGGCCUCAACAACCCAGAGGAUCCCACCGUCACUCCUGGGUCUGAGACUCCCGGCGAUGUCACCCCGUCAAAGGAGGCGCCUGCCGACGAGGGCCCGCGCGAACGACGCAAGAAGCGUGUGAGGAGGGACCUGAAUGGCGAUGCCGACAAGUAUGCUCCUCCCGACGCCCGUCUCAGCCAGCUCGGUGGUCUGGGAAAGCAGAUCACCCAGCUCCUCGAAAUGGUCGCCUUGCCCCUGCUCCACCCCGAAAUCUAUAUCCACACCGGCGUGCCACGGCCCAAGGGUGUCCUUCUCCACGGUGUCCCCGGUGGCGGCAAGACGCAGCUCGUGCGUUGUCUCGCCGGCGACCUCGGUCUCCCCUUCAUCCCCAUUUCGGCACCCAGUAUCGUGUCGGGCAUGAGCGGUGAGAGUGAGCGCACUCUUCGCGAGACCUUUGACGAGGCCAAGAAGAAUGCUCCUUGCAUUCUUUUCCUUGACGAGGUUGACGCCAUCACCCCCAAGCGUGAGACUGCUCAGCGCGAGAUGGAGCGCCGUAUUGUUGCCCAGCUCCUCACCUGCAUGGACGAGCUGUCGACAAGCGAAAAGCCCGUUGUCAUGAUUGGAGCUACCAACCGUCCCGACUCGCUCGACCCUGCACUUCGUCGUGCCGGCCGCUUUGACCAUGAGAUUGAGAUGGGUGUUCCCACUGUGGAGGGAAGGGAAGAGAUCCUCAAGGUCCUUUGUGGCGCGCUCAAACUGUCCGGCGAUGUUGACAUUCACCAACUUGCGAAGGCGACUCCCGGCUACGUGGGUGCAGACUUGACUGCUCUGACCACCGAGGCGGGUGUGAUUGCCGUCAAGCGCAUCUUUGAAGACAUGUCCAGCUCAUCAAUGUCUGCCGACGACGCCAUGGAGAACAUGGCCCUCGAUGACGGUCCCUUCUCGACACUGCCCGAGUCUGUGCUGUCGACCCCUAUCGCCCGCUUCCUCACCAGCCAUCCUGGUCCUCUGUCGGCCGACAAGCUCGACUCGCUGCUUCUCACCCCUGCCGACUUUGACGUUGCCCUCAAGGUCGUCCAGCCUAGUGCCAAGCGUGAGGGCUUUGCUACCGUCCCCGACGUUACAUGGGCCGACAUUGGCGCCCUCGGCAACGUCCGCGACGAGCUGCACAUGGCCGUCGUCCAGCCCAUCCGCCACCCUGAAAUCUUCUCCGUCGUCGGUAUCGACGCUCCCUCUGGUGUGCUGCUCUGGGGUCCUCCUGGUUGUGGUAAGACCUUGCUUGCCAAGGCGGUCGCCAACGAGUCCCAUGCCAACUUUAUCUCCGUCAAGGGCCCCGAGCUCCUCAACAAGUAUGUUGGUGAGAGUGAGCGCGCGGUCCGCCAGGUGUUUGCCCGUGCUCGCGCCAGCGCACCUUGUGUCAUCUUCUUUGACGAGCUGGACGCCCUUGUCCCUCGUCGUGAUGACUCGAUGUCCGAAUCGUCGGCCCGCGUGGUCAACACCCUCCUUACCGAGCUCGACGGCCUCGACUCGCGCAAGGCCGUGUACGUUAUUGGCGCCACCAACCGUCCUGACAUGAUCGACCCCGCCAUGGUCCGUCCCGGUCGUCUCGACAAGCUCCUGUACGUCGACCUUCCGUCCCCGCCCGAGCGCCUCGAGAUUCUGCGCACCCACACCAAGCGCACGCCCAUUGCCGAGGAGGACUGGGCCGGUAUCGCGGCUAUUGCCGCUUCCGACGCUUGUGACGGAUUCAGCGGUGCCGAUCUCGCGGCAUUGGUCCGUGAGGCCGCAUCUCUGGCACUCCGCGGCGCACUCGAGGCCAUGGGCGCCUUUGAGAGCGAGACCAGCACCACCUCCGUCCCUCAAAAGCAGGUGUAUGUCUCGCUCAACAACUUUGCCGUUGCUGCACAGAAGACGCGCGCGUCCGUCUCGCGCGAGCAGAGGCAAAAGUACGAGCGUAUGCGCGACAAGUACGCCGGUAUCCCUGCCAAGGGCAGGAGGACACGCGCCGAGCGUGAUGCCGAGGCGGCCGCGGCUGCUGCUGCUGCCGCUAUCGGGCCGAUCGGCGGCGGCGAGGGGGACGCGGACAUGAGCAUGCGCAGUGACGGUGAGCCCUUGAUUGGCCACAGCUAG